GUUUACACGAGUCACAUGGGCGGCCCUUCGCGCCGCAGUUGGGUCGCCUUCGGGCCACCGCCUCCCUCCCGCCUCCCUGCCAACUGCAGCCUCGUCUCUGCGAAGGAGCCGCCGCCGCCGAGGAGGAGGGAGGAGGGAAGGAGUCCCGCGGCUGCAAUGGCUGCCACCGGGAGCCGGGAGCGGAUCCUGUGCCUGUUCGACGUGGAUGGGACCCUCACGCCGCCUCGCCAGAAAAUUAAGCCUGAAGUAGCCGAGUUUCUUCAAGAGCUGCGUACAAGAGUGUUAAUUGGGGUAGUGGGUGGCUCAGACUACUCCAAGAUAGCUGAGCAGCUGGGAGAAGGAGAUGAAGUUAUCGACAAGUUUGAUUACGUCUUUGCAGAAAAUGGCACCGUGCAGUACAAGAAUGGGCAACUGGUCUCCAAGCAGGCUAUCCAGAACCACCUUGGGGAAGAACUUCUGCAAGAUCUGAUCAACUUCUGCCUCAACUAUAUGGCACUUCUAAAGCUGCCCAAGAAACGGGGGACGUUUAUUGAAUUUCGCAAUGGAAUGUUGAACAUCUCUCCUAUUGGUCGAAGCUGCACUUUGGAAGAACGAAUAGAAUUUUCAGAACUGGACAAGAAAGAGAGGAUUCGAGAGAAGUUUGUAGCUGCCCUGCAGAGGGAGUUUGCUGGCAAAGGCCUGCGGUUUUCCCGAGGUGGGAUGAUCAGCUUUGACGUCUUCCCUGAGGGCUGGGACAAGCGCUAUUGCCUCGAUAUCCUUGAGGAUGAGAGAUUUGACACCAUCCAUUUCUUUGGGAAUGAGACAAGUCCAGGUGGGAAUGAUUAUGAAAUCUAUGACGACCCUCGCACGGUGGGGCACAGCAUCCAGUCUCCCCAGGACACAGUCCGGAGGUGCCAGGAGAUCUUCUUUCCAGAGACAGUGAAUGAAUCUUGACCUGGGGUGUCCCUGCUGCUCUCGAUCACUUGGACGAGACCCUCACUCACAUUAGGAAAGCACCUUUUGGAUCCUUUCAGGACUUGCUGAGGCCCGAGGUCAAAAUGCACUUUGGAAACGGGAGCUGGAGUGUCAGAAUGGGAGGGAAAUGAUGAAAGCUCUUCAUCAGUUGCGCCAUCAUCUCUUGCUACUGGGGAGAACCCCAGUUGCCAUACCCUCAUUCCCACCAAACGAGGUAAAGUGUUGUUGUUUAUGUUUAAAGUGAAACCUGUAUUCUAGUUAAGGCUUUUUUUCCUUUCUUAUUUGGAAGCUAAUAAUCACCCUUCCCCACAGAUUCACACAAAUGAACCUAUUUUUGAGAUGA